AUGAAAAAUGCUGUAAUUGGAAACAACAAACAAAAAGCCAACUUGAUUGUUUUGGGAGCAGUUCCAAGGUUGCUGUAUUUACUNCAGCAGGAAACUUCCAGCACAGAACUGAGAACAGAAUGCGCAGUGGUCCUGGGAAGCCUUGCCAUGGGGACAGAGAACAAUGUCAAAUCCCUGCUAGACUGCCAUAUUAUCCCAGCCUUACUGCAAGGAUUACUGUCACCAGAUCUGAAGUUUAUUGAAGCUUGCCUGCGAUGUCUCCGAACCAUUUUCAUCAGUCCCGUAACUCCAGAGGAUCUGCUAUACACGGGUCCAGAUCACCAGACAAUCUUAUUUAACCACGGAGCUGUUCAGAAUAUCGCACAUCUGUUAGUGUCCCCCUCCUACAAGGUUCGAAUGCAAGCAUUGAAAUGCUUCUCAGUGCUAGCCUUUGAAAACCCACAGGUAUCAAUGACUCUUGUAAAUGUGUCGGUCGAUGGAGAAUUGUUACCACAAAUUUUUGUGAAGAUGUUACAAAGGGACAAGCCUAUUGAAAUGCAGCUCACGUCAGCCAAAUGCCUUACUUCCAUGUGCAGAGCUGGAGCAAUACGGACGGACGAUUCGUGCAUUGUUCUGAAGACUCUGCCAUGUUUGGUUCGAAUGUGCAGUAAGGAGAGACUGCUGGAGGAGCGAGUGGAAGGAGCAGAAACGCUGGCCUAUUUGAUUGAGACAGAUGUGGAGCUGCAGAGGACCGCCAGCAUCACCGACCACCUCAUCGUCAUGCUCGCUGACUACUUCAAGUAUCCCAGCUCAGUCAGCGCAAUCACUGACAUCAAGAGGCUUGACCAUGAUUUGAAGCAUGCCCACGAACUGCGCCAGGCUGCUUUCAAGCUCUAUGCUUCCCUGGGAGCAAAUGACGAAGAUAUCCGAAAAAAGAUCAUUGAGACCGAGAAUAUGAUGGACCGUAUUGUCAAUGGCUUGUCUGAAUCUAGUAUCAAGGUGCGAUUAGCUGCAGUCAGAUGUUUGCACAGUUUGUCCCGUUCUGUACAGCAGCUCAGGACAAGUUUUCAGGAUCACGCUGUAUGGAAACCUUUGAUGAAGGUUUUACAGAACGCUCCAAAUGAAAUCCUUGUAGUAGCAUCUUCCACGCUAUGCAAUCUUCUUCUGGAGUUCUCUCCCAGCAAGGAGCCUAUUUUAGAAUCAGGAGCCAUAGAACUUCUAUGUAGUUUAACACAGAGUGAAAAUCUUGCCUUGCGAGUAAACGGCAUUUGGGCUUUAAUGAAUAUGGCAUUUCAAGCAGAACAGAAGAUCAAAUCAGACAUCUUACGAGGUCUGAGCACAGAGCAAUUAUUCCAGUUGCUUUCUGAUUCUGAUGUAAAUGUUCUGAUGAAAACUUUAGGACUGCUCAGGAACCUUCUAUCUACUCGACCACACAUAGACCAUAUAAUGAGCACUCAUGGGAAGCAAAUCAUGCAAGCAGUGACCCUCAUUCUGGAAGGGGAGCACAACAUAGAAGUCAAAGAGCAGACAUUAUGUAUACUUGCCAAUAUAGCAGAUGGAACGACAGCAAAAGAGCUCAUCAUGACCAAUGAUGACAUCCUGCAGAAAAUCAAAUACUACAUGAGUCAUUCAAAUGCUAAACUUCAGCUUGCUGCCAUGUUCUGUAUAUCUAAUCUCAUAUGGAAUGAAGAAGAAGGUUCACAAGAACGCCAGGAUAAACUACGAGACUUGGGAAUAGUAGAUAUUCUACAUAAGUUGAGUCAGUCAUCGGAUCCAAAUCUGUGUGACAAGGCGAAGACAGCACUCCAGCAGUAUCUCGCAUGAUCAAAGACUAAUUGAACCUAUGGACACCCCUCAUGUCUACUUAAGGAAUAGCAGGAGAUGUUCCUGACUCCUUGUAUUUGCACAAGUCACCUUGGGCUGCAUUUUUCUCAGGUGCAGGGAGCUGCUUUGCAGAAACAGUUGAAAUGAUCAGGUCUCCAGCGCACUUGAGAACUUUCUUGAGGUAGUUUCUUUAACUCAGAGGACUCUUGGGGGGUUGUUUUGGUUUUUUGGGGUUUUUUUUCCUGAGCUACCUGGACUUUUGGAUUGAACAAUCAGUCGUCAUUUUCCUUUUGGGCCUACAAUUUUCUGCUUUUGCUGCAGCCU